AUGAAAGCUGGUGCAAACACUGACAUAGUUGAUAAAGAUGACUACAGAGCUCUCGAACAUGCAAUGCUUGACCGUCAAUACACGUACAAGCAUGAAGGCAAUCAACCGAGUGAGGUAUAUGUGUGGGGCAAUAACUCCAAUUACACCCUUGGCACUGGCACACAGCAGGAGCGUGCUACGCCUGAACUACUCACAUGUUUCAACAGAGCCAACACAUAUGUGAAACAGGAGAACGAUUUGAUUACAUAUGUUUGGAACCACAUUAUGAUCAAAUACGAAUGCUGUGGCGUGGUUAGCUUUAUGGACUUUGAUGGCUCCAAUUGGCAGAAGGCUAAUCCGAAAAAAAUGUAUCCAGUACAAUGCUGUAAGCUGGCAAAUGUGACUGCUCUUACACCAGUCUCAAAAGAAUGUACACUAACUACGAACGCUGACAUAGAGACAUAUAAAGACAGAGGAUGUUUCUUCGAAUUGCAGUCAGCAAUAUCCAGAAACAAAGGCAUCAUAAUAUGUUAUAUAAUACUCAUAGGUUUUUUUUAUAUAGUGGUGGCUUUAUUCGCAUACUGUAUAAACAAGGAUGAACCGCUGUUGGGUGCAAUGGCCGGACGAUUUACGGAUUUGCUACCCUCAAAAGUUAGAGAAGAUGCAGAUAAGAUUAUGGUGGUACCCCCGGGCGGCUCGUUUGGUGACGUUGGUAACAUGGUAUAUGUUGACGAUCAACCAAAGAGGGUUGUGAAAGUAGUUUCUGCCGUGAACCCUUUCCAGAGUUAUAAGUUUACACCGGACAUGUACGUUGGCGAUACUAUCAGGUCUCAUACUUCAUUCAGAAACUGA